AUGUCUGCAACCAAUGGUCUAGGAUUUGGCAUAUCAUUGCGAGCCAGUUCUCUGUCUAUUGAUGCAUGGGGGGCGAUGGCAUCAGCUUCUCGAUCUACAAGUCACUUGCCUGAUCCGUGGACAUCGCCACUCUCCCAGAUCUCAUGUGCGCUCUCACCACAACCCCACAGGUCCAUCGCACCAGCAUUCUCACCUACUUCAAGCGCUAGAUCGACACCUGUAUCAUCCCCUCAACCUCUCCCAAAUACUGCUGACUCCACGCAGCCUACCAACAUGGCUGGCUUGUCUAAGGAGAAGGCGGCAGAGAUGGCGAGGAGGAAGGAGAGGCAUUUGAUUGAGCAGCUAACGGAACAGAAAAAGAAUGCUGCUGCCACUGGAAAGGCUUGA